AUGGCUACACUCGGUGGAUAUCUCAACAAGAAAGUCCUGAUCGUUACAGCCGAUUCGCGUAUUCUUGUCGGAACUCUGGCAGCAUGCGACCAAACAACUAAUCUGGUCUUGAACAACGCUGUAGAACGAAUUAUCCGAACGCCCGACGAUCCUGAGCCUUCCGCUCAAGUGCCUUUAGGUCUAUACCUCGUCCGUGGCGACAAUGUAUGCUCAAUCGGCCUCGUAGAUGAGGCGCUUGACGACAGCAUCAACUGGACGGAAGUCAAGGGUUCAGCAAUCGGCGGUAUAAAGCACGUAUAG